GUUCUUAUGAAGGGAGGUGCUGGCUACUGCAGUAACGAUAAGAUAUGGACUUCUUCAGCUCCAUACUCUUAUGUCUUGGCUUUGCCUGGAUCUGCAGUCAAGCGUUGCAGUAUUCACUUCUAAGGAGAAGCAAAGCGAUUCCCAGGGAGCUUCUUCCACCAGGACCAAAGCCAUUUCCGUUGGUUGGAAAUCUCUUUGAGCUUGGAGAAAACCCCCAUGUUUCUUUGACCAAGCUUUCUCAACGCUUUGGUCCUAUAAUCUGUUUGCAUCUAGGCCAAGUAACCACAGUUGUAGUCUCCUCAGUAACUCUUGCCAAAGACAUCCUCCGAAACCAUGACCAUAUAUUUUGCAACCGAACCGUUCCAGAUGGUGCCCACGCCUGCAAUCACAAUGAGUACGGCUUGGCCUGGUUACCAGUAUCACCAAGAUGGAGAAAUCUUCGUAGAAUAUGCAAUUCCCAUUUGUUUGCAGCCAAAGUUUUGGAUGCCAAUAAAGCCAGCCGGCGCGCAAAGGUGCAACAGCUGAUUGAUGAUGUUGAUGAGAGCAUGAGGGCUGGUGAGGCAGUGGACAUUGGAAGGGCCGCUUUCGCAAGCGCGCUCAGUCUCAUGUCCAGGACUAUCUUCUCCAUCGACUUAGCUGAUCCGAGUAGCGAGGCGGCUAGGAAGUUCAGAGACAACGUUUGUGGUAUAAUGACGAAUGUAGGGAAACCAAACUUGGCGGACUGCUUUCCUAUGCUCAGUAAGCUUGACCCUCAAGGCAUAAGGCGGCGCCUGGCGAGUUAUUUUCAGAAAACAGUGGAAUACUUCGACUACCUGAUCAAUCAAAGGUUGGAUUCAAGAAGAAAUGGGCAUGAGUAUAUCACAAGAAAUGACAUGUUGGAUACCCUAUUAAACAUCAGUGAAGAUCCAGAGAGAAAUGAGGAUUUGGACAUGACACAAGUGCAACAUUUGAUUGUGGACCUAUUUGUUGCUGGCACAGACACAACUUCAGGUACUAUGGAGUGGGCAAUGGCUGAGCUGCUACGCAACCCAGAAGUCAUGUUGAAGGCUAGAGCUGAGCUUGACGAAGUAAUUGGAAAAGGGAAACUAGUUGAGGAAUCUGACAUUGCUCGGCUGCCUUACUUGCAAGCAAUAAUCAAAGAAACGUUUAGGUUGCAUCCAACAGUACCGUUGCUUCUUCCACGAAGAGCUGAAUCAGACGUAGAAGUGGGAGGGUACACUGUUCCGAAGGGUGCACGAGUUCUGGUCAAUGUUUGGGCCAUAGGAAGAGACCCUGGCACUUGGGAUAACCCUGAAUGUUUUAAGCCAGAGAGGUUCUUGGGGCCGGAGAAUGAAAUCGAUGUCAUGGGAAAAAGCUUUGAGCUUAUUCCUUUUGGUGGUGGGAGAAGAAUAUGUCCGGGGUUGCCCUUGGCAAUGAGAAUGUUACACUUGAUGCUAGGCUCGCUCAUUAACUGCUUUGAUUGGAACCUUGAAAAUGGUGUUGCACCAAAGACCAUGAACAUGGAAGAGAAGUUUGGCAUCACCUUAAAGAUGGCUCAGCCUCUUAAAGCUGUACCCAACAGGUUGAAUUAGUCAGAAUGUAUCCACAAAUGAAGAUGGUGUUGCGUCAAAGACCAUGAACAUGGCAGAAAAUGUACUGACAGCAGGCGACUCCAUAGAUACAAGCAGGUGGCCUAAGUCGACGCAACCAAAACCUAACUUGAUCUACCACCAUAUUUUAGACAUUAGUCCCUUCCAAAAUUUUCUGCCACAUCAUUCUGUGCA